AUGUCGCGGCAUCGUUUUUUCUCUGCGGCGCUGCUGCUUCUCUUCGCGCUGAUAUGCAGCAACAGCUGGGCCGUGCUUGCCGAGGCGAACGUGGUCAAACCGGACUCAGGAGCAGGAGGAGGCGGAGGAGGCUCUCCUGGAGGGACACCAGCUGCGUCUCAGAGGCCACCUGUCACUUCAGUUACCGUUCCAUCCGUUGUUGAGGUGAAUGGUGAGGUGGUCACCAUCGCGCAAGCCAAUCACGAGAAUACAAAGGCGAAUACAAAGAGAACGCUUCUGGCGAAGCUCGUUGAAUCCACUGCAUCGAGUGCGCUCUGGGCACUCCCCGACUCCGGUGAGAACUCAGUGAUGCAAGAUGCCAUCAAGACGUCGGGGGGUGUCGUCAAGACGUCAGGAGGUGUCGUCAAGAUGCCGGAGGACGUGGCGGAGGCGGAUUUCUACAACCCCACGCCAGUUGUGAAUGGCAGUAAAAUUUACCUUCUGUUCCAGAGUGAGGGGGCUUCUGCGGGGGAUGAUGAAAAUGCCAUUCAGAUGUACACUCGGCUCCUUGUUGGGGAAAUUGAGAAGAAAGAUCAGGAAAAGAAGACCAUCACUUGGAAGGCUCCCACCUUUACGUCUGGGCACAGUCCAACGCUGGAGGAGAAAUCGUUUCAGUUUUUUUCUGUCGGCGGUGGCGCGGGGAUUGUGACGAAGAACGGCACGGUUGUAUUUCCCGCAAAGGCAGUGACGAAGGGGAACAAAGAGGUCUCACUGAUCAUGUACUCAAGUGAUCCGGAGAAGGAUUGGAGGCUGUCGCAGGGGAUGACAGCUGGGGACUGCGUGGAUCCUGCCGUUGUGGAAUGGGGGAGCGGGAGACUUUUGAUGAUGACUGCGUGUGGGGAGGGUCACCGCAAGGUGUACGAGUCGAGUAAUAUGGGGAAGACGUGGGCGGAGGCGCUCGGGACACUCUCGCGCGUGUGGGGCAACACACUUGAGCGUGACGGAUCCGGCGGUCAAAGUGGCUUCAUCACCGCGACGAUUGAAGAAAGGGACGUGAUGCUCGUUACCCUGCCGGUGACUUUGAAAGACAACGUAACCGAUCAACUCCAUCUUUGGCUCACCGACGCCGCCCACAUUGUGGAUGUUGGGCCGAUAUCCAACGCAAGUAAGCAGGCUGCCGGUAGUGCCCUACUGUUUAGGGGCAAGGAGGAGUUGAUCUCCUUGCAGGAGCUGAGUUCUCGGGAAGGGGAUGAUGUGGGGAUGUCUGAGGGCCUUUACCUUGCGAACCUGAAGGAGCAGCUGGAGCAGAUAAAGAAGGUGGUGAAAACAUGGAAGGAAGUGGAUGCACGUGUCAAGCAGUUGUGCCUUCCAACGGAGGCUGAUGCGGCUGCCUCUCCUGGCGCGGGCUGCAGCAACCCGGCGCCCACUGAAGGGCUGGUUGGGUAUUUGGCCGGCUCUUUUGCAGAGGGCCAAUGGAAGGACGAGUACCUCGGCGUGGACGCCACUGUGACGAGUGGAGAACUGGCAAGCCCGGAGGGGACUGGCAAUGGGGGUGUGAGGUUCAAAGGGCGUGGCUCAUGGGCGGAAUGGCCGGUGAGCAAACAGGGGCAGAAUCAGCGGUACCACUUUGCGAACUACAACUUCACUCUUAUGGCGACGGUGAUGAUCCACGCGGUGCCGGAGGCGGCCAGCAGCCCAAUUCCUCUGUUGGGUGUGAGGAUGAACGACAGCACUGUGCUUUUGGGUCUGUCGUACACGAAGGAGAGGCAGUGGAGUGUGCUUUGCAGGGACGGAGAGAGAUGCGAUCGCACCAGCACGUGGGAGCUAAAUAAAAAAUACCACGUGAAGAUCGUGCGGGAGGGCGACAGCCAGGGCUCCGUGUACGUUGACGGCCAGCGUGUGGGGAGUUCACAAGCAGCACUGCAGUGCAAAACAGAGCCGUGCACGAUCUCACACUUCUACAUUGGCGGGGACGGCGGCGUCACAGAAGAGACAGCGAGCAACGAGGGCCGUGUGACGGUGACGAACGUUCUGCUGUACAACCGCCCGUUGGGUGGCACGGAGAUUAGUGCCCUUCACAAGAGAAAAGUUUCCAUUCCAGCACAGGAAGAUGCGAAACCACAAGGCGGGGGUUCUGUUCGGGUUCAAGAAACUUCCAGUAACCAUGCGAGCGACACUUCACCCCAAACCGUGCCGGGGUCUGCGCUCUCGCCGACUCCUCACAAGGCCGUGGCCACGGAGCUGAGACCCUUGGAGAGGGAGAUUGAGACUAAAAUAGUGGCGCAACUGGAAGACAAACACGCGGAUGGAUGUGGCGGUGCGAAACAAGUGCUGCUGCCGCUGCUUCUGUUGGGCGUGUGGGCGUUUGCGGCACUGUGA